UCCAGUGAAGAUGUUUGAUCACCUGACCUACCCUGUCCAAUCACAGGUCAAGUUUAUGAUUGACAUGUACAGCCAGCCAGGCACCGCCUCCCUUCUGUAUGUUAAUGACGCCAAAGUCCUGAUAGACAUCCUAAUACGAUUCCUUACUGACCUACAACCAGGAGACAAACUCCGGUCUUCAAUUCUCAUUCUGUUGAAACUCCUUGUGAAGAACUCAGAUUACUUUGAGCACCAGCACAAACUGAGUGAACUGCAGGAGUGUUUGAUGACAAUCAGGAAGGAGGAAGAGGAAGCCACAGAUCAGGACAGGAAGGAAGUAGAAGUUAUCCUGGAGGAAUUAAAUAAACACAUGGGGGACAAAGGGAGAGUGAAAGUAGAACACUGAAGGAAGGAAGGGAAAAUUGCAUUGUGGGAUAAAGAACCUUACAGGAACAAAGUGAUAGCCAUGGCAGUAUGCUGUCAACUUUUCCAUAUGCAGUAGGAAAUUAGAAAAGGAAAAGGGAAGUUACUGUACUUACUCAACAUUAGUUUAUUUAAACACCAUGGUUGUAUUCACAAGUUAUAGCAUUUCCUUUAUAUAGCUGUAUUAAUCUGUAUAAACCUGUACAAAUUCAGCUUUCAAGGGUGCACAAGUUUUAUUUUGUUUUUCACAGAGUGAAAAUGUUUGAUGUUGUUAAGUUCAUACUGUGUUUGAAUAGUAGAUUUCUAUGUUAGUUGUAAAUGUAUUUGCUAUGUAACUUAUUAUGAUAUAUGUGCCAUAUUACUUUGAUGUAUGUAUACCCCUUACCCAUUUGAAACAAAUUUCUUAUUUUUGGUCAUUAUAAAUGUCCAAAAGUUGUGUUGUAAACUUAAACUUUUAGUUUUCUUACUGUAUUCAAAAAAGCUUGACAUUUGUAAAAAAUGAACACCUACCAAAGAAAAUAAUCAUUAUUGCUACAUUUACAAUGUGUCCAGCUUUUAUCAUACAUGUAAUGAUACUCCUGCAUUAUAUUUCUGUGAUGUUUCAUACAAUUAGGCAUAUACGCAAGAAUGAUAUUUUCAUGAGCACAUUGUCUCGCAUAAUAACACAAAAUUCUUGAAAAUUAAAAGUGAUUUACAGUACAUAUAAAUUAUACAUAACUUUCAGUAAGAUAGUCAAUACACAGACGGUAUAG